UUGUUAGCUCUGUAGUUGCUCGUAUUCGGUGAUCGUGAUCAGGUGUUGCGAUCAUGGCUUACCCUGGAUUGCUGAUCCCGAUCAUAGUUAUGACUGUAUUUUGGGGUUUCAUUGGUGCCGUGUUGCCCUGGUUCAUUCCCAAAGGCCCAAACCGAGGGGUCAUUAAUACCAUGCUGGUGACAUGUGCUGUGUGCUGCUAUCUAUUCUGGCUUAUUGCUAUCCGGGCUCAGUUAAAUCCACUUUUUGGCCCACAGUUGACCUCUGAUGUCAUUUACUACCUAAAAUAUCACUGGAUAUAUUGUUUUUUCUGCUGCUCUGAUAUCUCCAGGAGAAUGAAGAGUCAGUUCCUUGCAUACCAAAAACACAAAACUAUUCACAAAUGCCUUAAUGUUGUAUUAUGUAGAUAA